AUGUUGAUGCAUGAACUGACGAACGAGACGAAGAGUGGUGUGUUGGAAAUAUCCGAUCUAGACUACGAUGUGGUAUACGAACUGGUUUAUUACAUAUACUGUGGUCGAUGUCAGAAGGAUAUUGGUGACAUUGCGACAGAUUUGCUCAUAGCUGCUGAUAAGUAUCGACUAGUGGAGCUAAAGAAUCACUGUGAGAAAUUCCUUGUGGAGAAUUUGGCAAACGAGAAUGUCUGUCAGUUGCUGAUAAUAGGAGAUUUGUACAAUGCGGAGCGAUUACAGGAGCGAGCCGUCCAGUUCAUUCUUCAACGUCCAAAAUACAUCACAUCAACGCCAGGCUGGGAUGAUAUACUGAAGCAACAUCCCCAUCUAGUCACUCGAAUUGUCAAUCACUUUGAUAAGGUU